CGUCAAUUAGCCUUUGAACAUCAAAGGGUUUCCCCCUCACCUCGGUCAAGGUAAUGACAGCGCGGCGUACAGUAUCUCGAUUCCAGCGGGUAUGCGAGCCGUUUUUUCCCUAUUGAGGAAUCCUACCGCAGCUUAGCGGAUACGCGAUGACCAGCUAUGUACGUCACGAACGCUGGGUUUCGUAUUCCCUUCCCCUCACACCGUGUAACCGCAUGCCGGUGGUGCAAUACACCAAGAUUGCGCCUUCGUGCCACGAGUGGUCAAGGAGACUUUGAAUGUUUGGCUUUUGUCAUAAAGUCUGCUGCCGCUGUCUGAUAGUACAGUUGCAGUUCUUAUUCUCUCACCAAAUCAAAGUGAAAGCCCCAAACCAUCCACUUGUGUGGAGUUCGUGAUCUUAUCCACAUUUACUCGCCAACUUCUCAUCAUCCACACAUCGACGUCAUAAUCAUGGCUGACCCAACUGUCAUUGUCCUGCCCGGAUCAGUUGAUAGCUCCCAUCGUACUGAUCAGGAAAGAUCGCAGAUUGCGUCAAAAAUCCAGAACGCCUUAAACGACGGACAAUCGCCAAGAUCCGCGCAAGAUGGCCCAUUGCGACAGGUUUUGGCUCAACAAGAUAGCUUCUACAAGUAUAUCAACUGGGAAGAUCCUCUACGCACCCUUGGUGUGUAUAUCGGCACCUUGAGCAUCUUGUUCGGGGCACACUAUUUGCCCCUCACUCAGUUUGCAUUGAAGGCGGCGGUCACUACUCUUGGAGCUGUCUCUGCUGCUGAGUAUGCCAGCCGGUCCUUCAGUUCUGACUCGUUGUCCACACGCCUUCGACCGAGACAGUACAGAAGAGUGCCAGAGUCUACUCUCAACAACACUCUGAGAGAUGUUCAUGACUUCAUUCAGUACGCAGUCGUAGAAGCUCAACGAAUUGUCUAUGGCGAAGACUUGGGAAGAACGUUUGGCGCCUUCGUCGGCUUUGCAUCUUUGUAUGCGCUCAUCAAAGUCCUGUCUCCGUUCUGGUUAGCUGUAGUCGGGGUGACUGCCAUUUUCGUUGCUCCUCUCGCGGCCUCGCCUCAGGGACGGCAGAUCGCCCAUGACGCCACUGUGCAGGCUCAAAAUGCGGCAAAUGUGACAGCUCAGAAGGGCGCAGAACUCGCUCGCGAUGGACAAGCAAAGACGUCGGAGCUGUCCUUCAAGGCCCAACAAGCUGCGUCUGAUGCGAGCACGACCCUCGGAAACGCUGCUCGGAGCGGUCAACAGACGGUCUACAACGCCACCAACAACACUGCUGAGAAGGCGAGAGACUUGCCGCAAGCAGGCACAAAUGCACUCAACAAUGCUUCUGGAUCUAUAUCAUCUACUUUGGGAGAUGUAAAGCACACCGUCACUGGCUCAUCGGCGAAUGACAACAAUCGGACUUUUGACGAGAGAUCUCGUCAGCCGCCCUCCGGAUACGUCACCAGCACCGGAUCAGAUGGCCUCUCUCGAUCGUCAAUCAACGAAACGGAGAUCCCGAGACGUGCCCCUUUGAAUCUUGAGGAUCAGCUCUCGGCCGAGCAGUCUGGCCUACCUACACUUCCUAGGUCCCUGCCAGUCAAGUCUGAUAUUGAGGGAUUGGGAAAUGGAACGGCUACGAUUCUCCGAUAAAGAAAUGGCUGUGUCGGCGCUAUUGAUCAAUAAUCGUUGAUUAGAGAAGGAAAUACCUAAAGUAGCCUCGAAGAAACAACUGUGAACUCAAGGCUGAAUGCGUCCAUAAUGAAUUUCACAUAUUGAAAUCAGUUAUCCCGAAAAGCUUGUGCUAUACUUGUUAGUCCGUAAAGGAACGAAGUCCCCGAGGCUUGGUUCGGCUAUCACAUUGGGGAGAUUAGAGGUCUUGAUGCGCCGGAAAUUCAUACUGCGACUCUCUUACAAAUCUUUGGAGAACCUUUUCUAGUAUAAUGAAAGUUCGAUUUCCGAAACCAGACAGAAUCAAGCU